AUGGUUUACAAAGCAACAGAGAUGUCUGCCUGCCUGUUGGAUUUCUACACAGACACACCAGGCCAGGGGCGCAACUUUGUUUUUAGAAGUUUUUUUUUGCAUUUCGGGCUGUUGGCAGUAGGUGCACCCGAUUCAGCUGCCCUGCGCAAACUGUUGGCAGUAGGUGCACCCGAUUCAGCUGCCCUGCGCAAACUGUUGGCAGUAGGUGCACCCGAUUCAGCUGCCCUGCGCAAACUGUUGGCAGUAGGUGCACCCGAUUCAGCUGCCCUGCGCAAACUGUUGGCAGUAGGUGCACCCGAUUCAGCUGCCCUGCGCAAACUGUUGGCAGUAGGUGCACCCGAUUCAGCUGCCCUGCGCAAACUGUUGGCAGUAGGUGCACCCGAUUCAGCUACCCUGCGCAAACUGUUGGCAGUAGGUGCACCCGAUUCAGCUGCCCUGCGCAAACUGUUGGCAGUAGGUGCACCCGAUUCAGCUGCCCUGCGCAAACUGUUGGCAGUAGGUGCACCCGAUUCAGCUACCCUGCUCAAACUGUUGGCAGUAGGUGCACCCGAUUCAGCUACCCUGCGCAAACUGUUGGCAGUAGGUGCACCCGAUUCAGCUACCCUGCGCAAACUGUUGGCAGUAGGUGCACCCGAUUCAGCUGCCCUGCGCAAACUGUUGGCAGUAGGUGCACCUGAUUCAGCUGCCCUGCGCAAACUGUUGGCAGUAGGUGCACCCGAUUCAGCUACCCUGCUCAAACUGUUGGCAGUAGGUGCACCCGAUUCAGCUACCCUGCGCAAACUGUUGGCAGUAGGUGCACCCGAUUCAGCUACCCUGCUCAAACUGUUGGCAGUAGGUGCACCCGAUUCAGCUACCCUGCGCAAACUGUUGCCAUUUUGAACCAUUUCAUGUGUCUGAAGGUACAAACUCUGCCUUCCCGGUGGGCACAGAGAGCAAAUCAAGUGCAAAUAUAAACCUACUACUGGCCAAUCGGAUGUUUAUCAUGUCUGCAGUGUCGUAGCUACAGUAACGUAGCUACAGCAAAAUUGAUACUGUGAGAUUUUGAAACAUUUAAAACCAUUACUAGAGAGAGACUGUCAACGAAUCCAGCAAAGAAUUGCUGUUUUUAUGAGUUCAUGUUUAAGUUCUUACUCAGCACUGUAAACACUUUGUAUUCAACAGUUUUAUAAGACAUAAAAUGGUCUUUCUUCCUAUUUCCACCCAGCGCUACAACAAGCACUGAAGCAAUAAUGAAUGAGAAGGAAAGUGUAUCGAUAGGCUUGCGUUGUUGUUAUUAUUAGUGGCUUGGGUCUUUUUUAAUAUUGAAGAAUAGUUCCCUUUCUUUGUUCAUAGGAGUAACAACAUUAAUUUGUGCAUGAGGCAGAAAUAAAGUUUCAGCAACUCUGUGUCAGUAAAGGAAAGGGAGAAUGGAGGGAUGUUGAGAGGUGGACCCUCAGCCUGCUGCUCUCUCCCACAGCUGAGAGAGUAACAUUUUGUUUUACGUUACAACUUUAUUCUAAAAUUGAUUAAAUAAAAUAUUUUCCUCAUCAAUACCCCAUAAUGACAAAGCAAAAACAGUUAUAUAGAAUAAAAAACAGAAAUACCUUUAUUUACAUAAGUAUUCCUUUGCUAUGAGACUCAAAUGAGCUCAGGUGCAUCCUGUUUCCAUUGAUCAUCCUUUAGAUGUUUCUACAACUUGAUUGGAGUCCACCUGUGGUAAAUUCAAUUGAUUGGACAUGAUUUGGAAAGGCCACACCUGUCUAUAUAAGGUCCCACAGUUUACAACACGUCAGAGCAGAAACCAAGCCACGAGGUCGAAGGAAUUGUCCAUGGAGCUCUGAGACAGGAUUGUGUUGAGGCAUAGAUCUCGAGACACAUAUCCCAAAGAACACAGUGGCCUCCAUCAUUCUUAAAUUAAAUACGUUUGGAACCACCAAGACUCUUUCUAGAGCUGGCCACCCGGCCAAACUGAGCAAUCGGGGGAGAAGGGCCUUGGUCAUGGAGAUGACCAAGAACCAGAUGGUCACUCUGACAGAGCUCCAGAGUUCCUCUGGGGAGUUGGGAGAACCUUCCAGAAGGACAACCAUCUCUGAAGCACUCCACCAAUCAACAAGAUUCUCUGGUCUGAUGAAACAAAGAUUGAAAUCUUUGGCCUGAAUUGUCUGGAGGAAACCUGGCACCAUCCCUAUGGUGAAGCAUGGUGGUGGAAGCAUAAUUUUGUGGGGAUGUUUUUCAGCGGCAGGGACUGGGAGACUAGUCAGGAUCAAGGGAAAGAUGAAGGGAGAAAAGUACAGAAAUCCUUAAUGAAAACCUGCUCCAGAGUGCUCAGGACCUCAGACUGGGGCGAAGAUUCACCUUCCAACAGGACAAUGACCCUAAGCACACAGCCAAGACAACGCAGGAGUGUCUUCAAGACAUGUCUCUGAAUGUCCUUGAGUGGCCCAGCCAAAUCUCUGGAGAUACUUGAAAAUAGCUGUGCAGCAAUGCUCCCCAUCCAACCUCAGCUCUGCUGAGAGGAUCUGCAGAGAAAAAUGGGAGAAACUCUACAAAUACAGGUGUGCCAAGCUUGUGGCGUCAUACUCAAGAAGACUUGAGGCUGUAGUGACUGCCAGAGGUGCUUCAACAAAGUACUGAGUAAAGGGUCUGAAUACUUAUGUUAAUGUGACAUUUAUUUUUUAAAUGUUUUAUACAUUUACAAAAAUGUCUACAAACCUGUUUUUGCUUUGUCAUUAUGGGGUAUUGUGGGUAGAUUGAUGAGGGAAAAAAACAAUUUAAUCGAAUUUAAAAUAAGGCUGUAAGGUAACAAAUUAUGGAAAAAGUCAAGGGGUCUGAAUACUUUCCAAAUGCACUGUGUAUACUGUGUCACAGUUCCUAUCACAGCUUCCACAGCAUAGCAACAUUUGAAAAAAUACACAUUCUACAGCAGGGCUAUGUGGGGAAUAAACUCACAAAUAAACACUUCCUGACUUCCUGCCUGGGGAAAUCAUAUGUGCUGUGUUUUGGACAUAGCACACAUGAUAAAUAUAUAUCACCAGGCUACACAUUUUGCUGUACAUACAUUCAUGCCUAUGUAUUCUAUAGGAUGUGACUGACAAUACAAGCUUAUUUUUUUCAAUGAUUUCAUUGUGUCAAACAAAAGUGUAUCAAAAGAAAAUACUGAUGUAAAAUAAAGUAUAGGUAAAAUACAGUAUAGGUUUUCCAAUGUAUAUAUUUGUAUAGAACACGUUUGCCCAUGUUGAAGAUAUCUAUAUGAAUAAUUUAUGCAAAGUUGUGUAAUGUGACUUUAUAUCUAUUUCCCCUUGCUUGCACACAUUGUAAAGACAACACAUAUCGCAGAGAAUAUGCUAUACAAAAUAAAAACUUU